AAUUACUUGUUCUAGGGCCUUCUGCUUUAUCUGUCUGCCAACACCAAGAAACCCUCGAAACCCUUCUCAUAUAUAGCCAAAUGCAAGCGGCGACUUUUUUCUAUUCAUUUUUUUUUCCUUUUAUUUUUUUCUGGUGCUUGUCUGCGUUUUGGUUCCCUGCUAAAAAGAAGAGAAGAAUGAAAAAAAUAAAAAGUAAAAAGCACUUCUCUUUACCAUGGUCUAAGUUGUGGACCAACGCGCCUCCUAAUUUCCCUCGCAGAAUGUGCCCACAAUGUGAACCAUGGACAUUAUUGUUUUGUGCAUUUGACAGAGCUACCACCUUUACUUACAAAUCACAAUAGAGUUUUUAGGCUUGAGCCGUCAACAAAACAAAAAGUCUUGCUUCAUCUCCGCCAGAUGAUUUAGGUCAUUUUCCUUCAUCCUGCAAUCAGCUUGCAUAAAAAGGAACGAAAGAAAAGAGAAGAGUGAGGGGGAAAGAAAGAAAAGAAAGAAAAAAGAAACCCAUUUGAAGUACAGAAAAACUUUCAUAUACAUUGCGCUCUGACAUGGCUGCCCUCAGAGUAGAGAUUCUUUGGUUGAUUCUGUUUAAAGCAUGGAUUGCUGCUGCCAACACUGAAGAGUGGAAAACUGCCACUGCAACAUAUACCAAGGAAACAGAUGGUUCCAUUAUUAAUGAAGGAGCUUGUGGUUAUGGGGACCUUCAGAGGAUCACCUAUGGGAAGUAUAGUGCAGGACUAAGCAGCAUUUUGUUCAAUAGAGGGAGUACCUGUGGGGCCUGCUAUGAGUUGAGAUGUGUUGAUCACAUCUUGUGGUGCCUCCAAGGAAGCCCUUCUAUUGUUCUCACUGCUGCGGAUUUCUGCCCCCCGAAUUUCGGGCUUUCAGCCGAUUAUGGUGGGUGGUGCAAUUUCCCCAAGGAGCACUUUGAGAUGUCGGAGGCUGCGUUUGCUGAGAUUGCGGAGAGGAAAGCAGAUAUUGUUCCUGUUCAGUAUAGGAGGGUGAAAUGUGCGAGGAGGGGUGGGGUGAGAUUCACAGUCAGUGGAAGUUCUCACUUCUACCAAGUCUUGAUUACAAAUGUUGGCUUGGAUGGUGAAGUGGUGGCCGUGAAAGUGAAGGGGUCAAAAACAGGGUGGAUUCCGAUGGCAAGAAAUUGGGGACAGAACUGGCAAAGCAAUCUCAACCUAAAACGUCAACCUCUGUCUUUUGAAGUAACAUCCAGCGGCGGAAGAACACUCACAUCUUACAAUGUUGCUCCAGUAGACUGGCAAUUCGGUCAGACAUUUGAGGGGAAACAAUUCUAAUGUGGAAAAUCUUUUGAAGUUGAAUGCUAAAAUACUAUCAUCAAAAUCUCAUUUUUGAAACAAGAAUUCCCAACUUUAAACUUUGGGAAAUCCUGUUCACGAGUUCAUGACUGUUGAAUCUUCUAUUUACAUGUUUACUCACACGGUGAUCCGGCAUGCCUUAUCUUCAUCUAUCCCGAAAAGAUCAGGUUGUAGUCAAAAAGAAGCGCGAAAGUUGUAUAACAUAGUUGAAAAUUUUGG